AUGGCUGAUUUUGAGUUACCACCUUCGUACACUACUGCGUCGAAUGAUUUACGUUCUGACACCUUUACCACUCCUACUCCGGAGAUGGUCCAAGCUGGGUUAGGUGCUUCCAUUGGUGAUGCUGUCUACCAAGAAGAUAUCGACACCAUUAGAUUGGAAAAGACUGUUGCUCAGUUGUCUGGUAAAGAAGCCGGGUUGUACUGUGUUUCUGGUACUCUUUCCAACCAGAUUGGUGUGAGAACUCAUUUGACUCAACCACCAUACUCCAUCCUAUGUGACUACAGAUCUCAUAUCUACACUCACGAAGCUGCUGGUUUGGCCAUCCUAUCACAGGCUAUGGUGGUGCCAGUUAUCCCCCGUAACGGUAACUACUUGACCUUAGAGGAUAUCAAGAGACACUUUGUUCCUGAUGACGGUGAUAUUCACGGUGCUCCUACCCGUGUAAUCUCCUUGGAAAACACUUUACAUGGUAUUGUGUAUCCACUAGAGGAAUUGGUUCGUGUCAGAGCUUGGUGUUUGGAGAAUGACGUUAAGUUGCAUUGCGACGGUGCACGUAUUUGGAAUGCAUCUGUGGCUGGCAACGUUCCCAUGAAGCAAUACGGUGAAUUGUUUGACUCAAUUUCCAUUUGUAUGUCCAAAUCAAUGGGGGCACCUAUGGGAUCCGUCCUAGUCGGUGAUUUGAAAUUCAUCAAAAAGGCCAACCACUUUAGAAAGCAACAAGGUGGUGGUGUUAGACAAUCUGGUAUGAUGUGUGCCAUGGCUCUAUGGACCAUUAACAACAACUGGAAGGCUAAGCUUCUACAUUCUCACCAAUUAGCACACGAACUGGCAGAAUUCUGUAUUGAGAAGGGCAUUCCAUUAGAAUCACCUGCUGACACCAAUUUCGUAUUCAUUAGCUUGUCUCAAGCCAAGAUGGAUCCUGAUGUUUUGGUCAAGAAAGGUUUGAAAUACGGUGUUAAAUUAAUGGGAGGUAGAAUUGCAUUCCAUUACCAAAUUAACAGAGACACUUUAGAAAAGGCUAAACAGGCAAUCUGGGAAACCUUUGAAUAUGCAAAGGAAAAUCCUUUCAAUUCUGAGGGUGAAACCAAGAUUUACCGUAGCGAAUCUACUGAAAGGGUUGAUAUCGAUGGUAAACCAAUUCACGAUAUCAAGACCUACAAGUAUUAG